AGAUUUCUUUGAUGACAUUGUUCUUGGCGAUCUGCGGGAAAGCAAGUGAGUCCGAGGCCAUGCCUACUUUGGUAACUGGGAGAGGGAUUGUGAGAAGGAAGGGAAACGGCAGGAUGGGAGAGGGUUUCUUUUGGGAGUUCUAAAGAUGGUUUGGUUUAGUUUGGCUUUUUGCUUAGUAUAUAUACUGAGAGUUUUGUGGGUUAGUGACAAGAAGACUGCGAUUUCUGGUGGUGAUGUAGUGGAGCUGCGACCGAGGAAACUGGCCACCGCUAAGUUUCUGAUCGAGGACAUGAAGAAUGUGAAAAGAGCUGUUUCUAGUGCAGUGGCAACUGAGUGGAGACUGAAGAGAGAAGCUAUGAAGAUAGGAGUGCUGGGUGUGGCGCACAGAGUCCCUUCCACUACCACUCUCCCUCUUCGCCAAGUCAGAGCCAGGGUUAGAUGUUCUUCCUCCUCUGAGAGUUUUGCAAGUGAAAAUGCAGGCCACAUAUCAUUCAUAGAGGAAGUAGCUGCUACUCAACCUCCUCAGCAUCUCCAUUACUUGCUCAAAAUGCUUCAAACGAGAGGUGAAACCAUCAUUUCCCCAGGAUCUAAACAAGGGUUGAUUCCACUUGUUAUUCCUCUGUCGGAGAAUCUGUCAGGUUCCGUAACUGCACUGCUGCGCUGGCCAACAGCCCCACCUGGAAUGGAGAUGCCGGUUGUGGAUGUUCGCAAGCAUGGGGUGUGGCUUUUAGCCAAGAAUGUAGAUCAAUAUAUGCACAGAAUUCUGGUUGAGGAAGAUGCCAACAAUUUCAACGAAAGUGAUGGUGAACUCUUUCAUGCUGCUUCAGAUGUGGGUGAGAAACUUUACAGAAGGGGUGAUUUUGCUGAAUCUCAGAUUGCAAACCUCGAUGGCUAUCUUCUUAAAGAGGUUGGGCUGUUCCCAGAUGUCUUAGAGCGUAAAGUAGCUCGCCAUUUUGAGCAAGGGGAUCAUGUUUCGGCAAUGGUGACAGGGGAAUUCUAUACAAAAAAAGAUCUAUUUCCAGGAUUUGGAAGGCCCUUUGUAUUCUAUGCAGAGAUUUUGAAGAAAGUUGGACGUACAUCAGAAGCUAAAGAUGCUGCAAGGGUUGCUUUAAAAUCACCAUGGUGGACCUUAGGUUGUGCAUAUCAGGAAGUGGCAGGCAUUGCACAGUGGGAGGAUGAGCAAAUUGAAUACAUUAAGGAGAGGGUGAGUGAAGAGGGUAGGCAGGAGGAUUUGAAGAAGGGAAAGGCGGCUGCUCAGAUAGCAUUGGAUGAGGCUGCUUUCUUGUUGGAUUUAGCUUCUAUUAAAGGAACCUGGGAUAAUGUUUUGGAGCGUAUUGCUGAAUGUUAUAGGGAGGCUGGAUUUGAUGAAAUUGCAAGAUUCAUUUUGUACAAAGAUUAAUAGCCAGUUAGGUGAGAAUCAUGUGUUUCAUGGUCGUAGAAUCUGCUAUCUAAUCUAUUCUUUGAUUUCUAUUUGUUUCAGCUGUUCUCUUACUGGAAGAGCAGUGUGAAAGUAGUCCUGUAUUGCAUGGUUUUUGAGGCAUCUGCAUAGAGUUAUUGUAAGGUAUAUAACACAAGAAGAUGUAACACUUGAUACAUCUUUUUUCUCUUUAAUUAUACAUUUUGUCAACGAGCAUGUUGAGCCUGCA